CUACUUUGGCAAACAGCAGCUCCCGGAAAUGAAUCUCCACCUCGCACAGCUCCGACCACUGACCAGGCCGUAACUCCAACAACAGCUACUCCAUUAGAUACGGGAGAGUAAGGUGGAGUUACUUCAUGAAUAAUUUCUUCUUUUUCACAAAGGGCAUUUAAGGAUAAAUAUUCUCCACCUCUAUCAGGAAUGGAAAAGCUGUCAUUUGGAGAAAUGAAAAUCUUAGUUUUGUUGGAACAACUGGUGCUACUUUUUGGUUGCACAAACAGGCUGGUAAGGAGAGUGCCUAUAUCUUGUCAGGACCAAUAGUGCCAUGUCUGUGCUGAGGUCAAUAUCGCCAUGUCACAGAGGCAGAUUAUUAUUGGCCUUCAAAGGCUGGCGUUCCACAAAAUCUCUGUCAUUCUCCUCUUUCUGGUGCAAGUUAUACUCAAGUGGAAGUUACAAUGAGGUAUUAUCAAAUGGUGUUGCAAGCAAGAAAAAAGAUUUCGAUUUUGAGCGUUUAUUCCACUCCUGUACCAAAAUCUACAUUUUGAAGUGCCUUCAUGCCCUACUCAUUGUGUCAGGGAAGGCUCAGAGUAUCUUUAUUGGCACUAGACUUGUGAAUCUUUAUGCUCACUUGGGUGACGUUUCUUUGUCACAGAAGACUUUCUGCAUGAUAGAGAAUAAAGAUGCUUAUACCUGGAAUUCUAUGAUAUCAUCUUAUGUUCGUAAUGGCCAUUUCCGUGAAUCCCUGAAUUGUUUGAAUGAAAUGUUGUCCACAGCUGAUGUUAAGCCUGACUUUUACACUUUUCCGCCAGUGUUGAAAGCUUGUAAUAGUAUAAUUGAUGGUGUAAGGAUACACUGCUGGGCUUCAAAACUUGGGUUAGAGUGGGAUGUAUUUGUAGCUGCCUCCUUGGUGCAUAUGUAUUGCCGUUUCCAAUCUUCUGGUGUUGCCUUUAGAAUUUUCAAGGACAUGCCUUAUCGGGAUAUGGGUUGUUGGAAUGCUAUGAUAUCUGGGUUUUGUCAGAAUGGAAAUGCUACGGAGGCAUUGAGCUUGUUGGAUGAGAUGAGAUUAGAGGGUAUAAAAAUGGAUACAGUGACUAUUGCAGUAGUACUUCCUAUAUGUGCACAGCUUGGUGAUAUUGUGCAUGGAUUGCCAAUUCACUUGUAUGUUAUAAAGCAUGGCCUAGAAUUAGAUGUCUUUGUGUCGAAUGCUUUAAUAAACAUGUAUGCCAGAUUUGGUGAGUUAAGGCAUGCGCAAAAAGUAUUUGAUGAUAUGAUGGUAGUAAGAGAUUUAGUAUCAUGGAACUCUUUAAUUGCUGCAUACGAGCAGAAUAAUGUUCCCGAAAAAGCACUGAAGUACUUUCAAGAGAUGAUGAUAAAUGGGAUUCAGCCUGACUUGUUGACAUUGGUGAGCUUAGCUUCUAGUAUAGCUCAAACCAAAAGUUUUCGUUGUUGCAGAUCGGUUCAUGGAUUUGUAUCAAGGAGAUCUUGGAUUCAGGAAGAUGUUAUUAUGGGUAAUGCUGUUGUGGAUAUGUAUGCGAAGUUGGGUCUUAUUCAUUGUAGUCGUAAGGUUUUUGACGAGAUCCCUAUAAAGGAUGUAGUGUCAUGGAACUCAAUGAUCACAGGUUAUGCUCAAAAUGGACUUGCAAGUGAGGCUAUUGAAAUUUACAACAUGAUGAAAGAGUGUGAUGACAUAGAACCAAACCAAGGAACUUGGGUGAGCAUUUUGCCAGCUUAUGCUCAUCUAGGGGCAUUGCAAGAAGGAACAAGGACUCAUGGGCAUGUUUUCAAAGUAGCUCUUAAUUUGGACGUCUUUGUUAGUACGUCCCUCAUUGACCUUUAUGGAAAAUGUGGAAAACUGGAUGAAGCCAUAUUAUUGUUUCAUGAGGUGCCUAGAAUGAGUUCAGUCCCUUGGAAUGCCAUAAUAUCAUGUCAUGGUAUUCAUGGAAAUGGUAGGGUUUCUCUGAAACUGUUUAAUGAUAUGCUGAAUGCAGGUGUUAAACCAGAUCAUGUAACAUUUUUAUCUCUAUUGGCUGCUUGUAGCCAUUCAGGCUUAGUUGAUGAGGGUAAAACUUACUUUCAUAUGAUGGAGCAAGAGUUUGGCAUUAAACCUGUUCUAAAGCACUAUGGCUGCAUGGUUGAUCUGCUUGCCAGGGCUGGGGGCCUAGAAACGGCGUACCAAUUUAUAAAAAACAUGCCUUUGCAACCGGAUGCUUCAGUUUGGGGUGCUCUUCUUGGUGCAUGUAGAGUACAUGGAAAUGUUGAGCUGGGUAAAUUGGCUUCAGAUAAUUUGUUUGAAGUUGAUCCAGAGAAUGUUGGCUACUAUGUAGUGCUGUCCAACAUCUAUGCUAAUUAUGGGAAAUGGGAGGGGGUGAAUGAAGUGAGAUCAUUGGCUAGAGACAAGGGGUUGAAGAAGACUCCUGGAUGGAGCUCAAUUGACCUAAACAAUAAGAUUGAAGUCUUUUAUACAGGAAAUCAGUCUCAUCCACAAUGCCAUGAGAUAUAUGAGGAAUUAGGUAUUUUAACUGCUAAGAUCAAGACCUUAGGUUAUACUCCAGAUUAUACCUUUGUAUUACAAGAUGUCGAGGAUGACGAGAAGGAACAAAUCCUUACCAGUCAUAGUGAGAGAUUGGCUAUUGCUUAUGGAAUUCUUAACACUCCUCCUAAAAAUCCUUUACGAAUCUAUAAAAAUUUACGGGUUUGUGGCGACUGCCACAAUGUAACUAAACUAAUUUCUAAGAUUACAGAGAGAGAGAUUAUUGUAAGGGACUCCAAUCGCUUUCAUCACUUCAAGAAUGGUGUUUGUUCAUGUGGGGAUUACUGGUAACAUACGCCCAUAGGUCUGCAGAGAAAUUUAAACCUUUUAAGGUUGGCAUCAUUAUGCUGUAGCAGCUGCAAGAAAUGUAAUUUGUUCUUCUCAAGCUGUUGUACUGUACUGUGAAUGAUGAAUCCUCACAGUCGUUCUUUUUCUGGAAUUCACUCUUCUCUGUUCUUGGUCUGAAAAUAAAGAAGGGUCUUUCAAAUUUAAACUCGAUUUUGGUUCGCUACCAAAUUCAUUGAUUAAAGUUAAGAACUCAUCAAUUUGCAAAACGAUAUCGGGAUUUGGUCGAAAAAGAAGCAAGACUACGACCUAUGGAUACCAUGACCAAUCACCAUCGAUAAAGAAGAAUCAGAGAAUUUUAUGGAGACUCGACAAAGGUAUGUGUAUAUCGUUCGUUUCUUGGUUGUGCACUUGUGCUGGUCCAACUCAAACACUGCUUAUGCUUCAUUUCACCAGUCUUAAGAUGAGAAGUGUCUUGUUAUUGAAUUUGCUGGUAAGAAUUUUGUGAUGGUUACCGAGUGUGAUUGCUCUGUUGUUCUUUGAAACCAUUCAUUGACUUUGUUUGUGUAUGUGUCACGAGACUUUUGGUAUUAGCUUGUACAUUUUGUUGUUACAAACUUACUACUACCUUUCAAUUGAACAUCCUACUAUUUUCUGUCUGGAAGGCAGUUUGAUUAGGCUGGUUUUCUCACAUGGAGGGAGGAACAUAUGCUGUUGCGGAUUUCUACUUUACUAGAUCAUGAGAACGCACUAAACUUAUUGCUUGUGAUUUUAUCUUCGUGUUGUGUAAGUUGCUGGUGCCUUGAAUUUGUAUUCUGAAGUCUCAAACAUGUAUACUCAAAUGCUUUAUUAGCCUCCUAUCUAUAUUCUUAAAUGGUUGAACCUGGAGAGCUCCAGGAACUUUCUCCUCUUUCAUUCCCCCAUUCGCAAACAAAGAACUAAAAAAUCUAAACCUAUCACAUUUGUCAUCUGUUGAGUCCUUUUAGCCAACUCUUAGACUUUGAUGUUUGCUCUUUGAGUUGAACCCAAUAUUUCUUUCCAGUAUUGUUUGUGCUCUUUCUUCGUUUAUAGUCGAAUGCUUCAUGUUGUACAAGUGUAUUUGUGCUGUUUAUUUAUUUAUUGUCAAGGUCUUUACAUGUACAAGUGUUAUAUGUUCAUACACAUUAUAAUUAGAUUGCUAAUAUGCCUCUGUGGAAAUACUUGAACUUUGUUAACUUCUUGGUUAGUAUUUGCUUUGAGUCGAUAAUCUACGGAAGUCUUUUGGAUGUCAGAUUAUUUCAUGUCUCGAAUCUAGGCUUCAACUCUGAUUACCGUCACAACAGGAUAGCAGAAAAUAUUAACAGGAACUUUAUCAAGUCAUGCUGUCAUUUCAUCUUGGCUGGUUCCAUAUUUCGAUCUCUAGUGCAAUGUUAUCAACUGUUCAAGCAUGAGACUGGCAGGUGGUGAACCAAAAUCAGAGGCUGUUGAUAUUGGAAGAAGUUCGAACCUCUGUCAGUGGAGAAGUGUUCUGCUCCCAAGCUGCUACCAGAACAAAUAGGAAAAUGGUGUAUACAAUAGAGAUAUCAGAAUAUCAUAUGUUGCUAUAUGUAUAACAUGUUUUGCCUUAUUGUUCUACAGGACUGUAUGGUGUGUAUUUGUUAGAUUGUAAUGCCUCGAAUGAUGGUUGUUGAUCACUUUUUGGUUGAAAUACCAUUGUAGCGACUAUUUUUCAAUUA